CGGUUCCGGUCCCCGUUUUACACUUCCGGUCGCCCUCGGUUCCGCUGCGGCCGGUUCCUGCGUCCGCUGCUGCCGGUUCCGCCGCGCUCCAGGUAUCUUUUUCUGAGUGAAAGCUGCUUGAUCAUAUGUUUCAAGGAUGGCUCUCCCUAUCAUUGUAAAAUGGGGUGGACAGGAAUAUUCAGUGACCACACUUUCAGAAGAUGAUACCGUGUUAGAUCUCAAACAGUUUCUUAAGACCCUUACAGGAGUGCUACCAGAACGCCAAAAGUUACUUGGACUCAAAGUUAAAGGCAAACCUGCAGAAAAUGAUGUUAAGCUUGGAGCUCUCAAACUGAAACCAAAUACUAAAAUCAUGAUGAUGGGAACUCGUGAGGAGAGCUUGGAAGAUGUCUUAGGUCCACCUCCUGACAAUGAUGAUGUUGUCAACGACUUUGAUAUUGAAGAUGAAGUAGUUGAAGUAGAAAAUAGGGAAGAAAACCUACUGAAAAUUUCUCGCAGAGUAAAAGAGUAUAAAGUGGAAAUUUUGAAUCCUCCCAGGGAAGGGAAAAAGCUUUUGGUACUAGAUGUUGAUUAUACGUUAUUUGACCAUAGGUCUUGUGCAGAGACUGGAGUAGAAUUAAUGCGACCAUAUCUUCAUGAAUUCCUAACAUCUGCAUAUGAGGAUUACGACAUUGUUAUUUGGUCCGCAACAAAUAUGAAGUGGAUUGAAGCUAAAAUGAAAGAGCUGGGAGUGAGCACAAAUGCAAAUUAUAAAAUUACCUUCAUGUUGGACAGUGCUGCUAUGAUAACAGUGCAUACUCCAAGGAGAGGACUAAUAGACGUAAAGCCUCUUGGUGUUAUAUGGGGAAAGUUUUCGGAGUUUUACAGCAAAAAAAACACCAUAAUGUUUGAUGACAUUGGAAGAAAUUUUCUAAUGAACCCACAGAAUGGACUAAAGAUAAGGCCUUUUAUGAAAGCGCACCUAAAUCGAGAUAAAGACAAAGAACUUUUAAAAUUAACUCAGUACCUCAAGGAGAUAGCAAAAUUAGAUGACUUUUUGGACCUAAACCACAAAUAUUGGGAAAGGUAUCUGUCAAAGAAGCAAGGACAGUAGUUACAAGUUAUAUUGGCAGUUAUUGAGGAUACUUGAGAUCACAAACUUCUUGCUUUUAUGCUAGAAAUCAUUAUGAUAGUGCUGGACACUGCAGUGAAUAUCAGACUGCUUAUACUUGGUCUUCCAGUUUUUUGUAAAUUUAAUUUUGUAUUUUUUGAAGAUCAUAGCAAUAUGCUAAAAAAAUCCUUAUUUCCCCUAUAUGAAUAUACUGUUACUCUUGAAAAAUAUUUUCUCCAGCAUUGAGUACUGAGUUCCUCCCCCCCCCACACACACAAAAAUCGACAAAAAUGUAUACUCAACAAUGUCGUUUUGUGGCUUUGGAAACAAGUUAUGUCUUGUGUUUUUGUCUCAUUGUGUUGUUGUCUGACUAAAUCUAAGACCAAACCCAUCUUGCAACUACUGCUUUUCCCUUUAAAACCAAAAAAAAAAAAAAAAAAAAAGUUUUU